AUGUCUGUAGAUAUCGGAUGGGACACCAUCACCAGCGGUCCCGAAGGGGCAGCUCUUGCUGAGAAAAUACGAGAAUUCGUACACGAGAAAUUCCAACAGGUCACUCUCCCACGCUUCAUCCACGCAGUCCAUGUCCAUUCGUUCGAAUUUGGCUCUACAUGCCCGGAUAUCGAGAUCAAGGACAUCUGUGAUCCCCUACCCGACUUUUACGACGAGGAGGCAGGAGAAGAAAAUGAUAGUGAUGAGGGUGACACGCAGCAACCCGCUACUGAAUCCGUCGAAAGUACAGCCCCGACGCUUUACGAGCCUCCCAUGACAGACUCACACGCUUCCCAACCACGAUCGCUUAGGCCACAAGUGGCCAACAUCCUGGCCGGUCCAGAGUAUCACGAAUGGCGGCAUUCGGCGGCCACCAAAGACGUUGCGGGCGCAAGCGCCGACCCUGCUGCGGCCCAUUUCCAUCGAAGCACCACUCCCGGUAUCCCUGGAGGCACCUCCAACCUCAGCUACUUUCACUUCCCUGCCACGGGUCUUUCUGGAAGUCAGACUCCAUUGGCAGCUGUCGCGAGCGGCACUCCUUUCACUCCCCGACCAUGGUCGUCUGACACAACACAGACUGCAGCGCCAGCGCGGGGACCUCUACAGACAUCAGCCCAAAGCAGAAACGUCAUGCCAGAUCCCCCAGCCCAUGAUGAUCCCUCUACCCGACCAUCCACUGCAAACAGCAUGUCGUCCCCACGGGAGUCAGAGUCUGGCAUUUCAUCACCUCGGCUACAGCACACUAUGUACGAGCACGACAAGGAUGAGUCUGCACUGGAAGACGACCAUCCACUAUCUCCAUCCAAGCUCCAAAGCAGCCAGCCAACGGACCUUCAGGUGGUUGCAAGGGUCAAAUACUCCGGCGACAUACGCAUGACGCUGACUGCGGAGAUCCUACUUGACUACCCUAUGCCUAGCUUUGUCGGCAUCCCAGUCAAGUUGGCCAUCACCGGCAUGUCAUUCGACGGAGUUGCAGUGGCGGCAUGGAUCAAGAGAAAGAUGCACUUUUGCUUUCUUGACCCCGAAGACGCGAUCGCUCUGGUCGGAGACAGCUUGGGUCUCGACCAACAUGAGACUAAAGGCGGCAAGGAUGGUGGGAGGAAUCCUUUUCCCGGCCCGUUGCGAGAAAUUCACGUGGAGAGUGAAAUUGGCCGACAAGAGGACGGAAAACAGGUGCUCAAAAAUGUCGGCAAGGUCGAGAAGUUUGUGCUUGAACAGGUUCGCAAGAUUUUUGAGGAGGAGUUCGUUUUCCCCAGCUACUGGACCUUUUUGGUCUGA